AUGGCCAAAGUUCCUGACCCAUUUGAAGACCUGAAGGACUGUUACAGUGAAAAUGAAGAAUACAGUUUCAACAAUGGCAACGUCUCUCUGAAUCAGAAAUCUUUCUAUGAUGCAAGCUAUGGCCCACUUCAUGAGGUCUGCAUGGAUAAAUUGAUGUCACAGAGUGCCUGUGAAACCUCUAAGACACACAUGCUUACCUUCAACGAGAGUAUGGCACUGGUGACAGACAAAGGGAAGAUUCUGAAGAAGAGACGACUGAGUUUAAAUGAAUCCAUGACCAAUGAAGUUCUGGAGGCCGUUGCCAAUGAUCCAGAAGAAGAAAUCAUCAAGCCCAGUUUAGCAUCAUACGCUUUCCAGGACAAUGUGAAAUACCGCUAUACUUACACCAUCAAAAGCCAGUGCAUCCUGAAUGACGCCCUCACUCAAAGUUUAAUUCGAGACCCAAUAGGUCCAUACCUCAAGGCUGCUGCAUUAAAUAAUCUGGAAAAUGCAGUGAAAUUUGACAUAGGUGCAUAUAAACCAGCAGAUGAGUUUAGCAUGCCUGUGACUCUAAGAAUCUCAAAAUCUCGACUGUUUGUAAGUGCCCAAAAUGAAGAUGAACCAGUGUUGCUGAAGGAGAUGCCUGAAACACCCAGAGUCAUCACAGAUGAAACCAACCUCCUCUUCUUGUGGGAAAACCAUGGCAUGAUGCACUACUUCAGAUCAGUGACCCACCCAGAGCUGUAUAUUGCCACAAAGUAUGAAGAACGUGUGCAUCUGGCAAAGGGGGAACCCUCUGUCAUUGACUUCAAGAUAUGGGAUAGCUAG